AAACAGACAUUCUUAGACAGUCUCUGAGUUACUGAGACUGCAGCUAUUUCCUUUUCUUGAAAUUAUUCUCAAGUACUUGUGCCUUCAAUUCAGCUCGUCAAUUUGUAUAUAAUCUGGUUUGCAGGACUCUGCAGACUGGUCUCCUUCACAUGUGCAGGAACAGUCAGAAAGCAGAAAGCUCCAGGUGGCUCUCAAGUACUUCGCUGCCAAAAAAGCCCACGCUGGAAAGCAAGUCCAAAGGGGCUCCCUAGAGGGAGUUGGGUUUAGCCCGGAAGAGAGUGAGAUUAGUAAAGCAUGACUAUACAACCCAUGCUGGUGGCCGGCUUUCAGAGGAAAGAGGAACAGUAACGGCAAUUAGCAAGACUAAAAGCUCCAGAAGGCUUACAAUCAGUGAUCUGCAUAGUUCCCUCAGAAGGAAUUUUCUACCAGUGCAUGGUUUCAGAUGUCCACUGCUGCCUGAUCCAUUACAGGCCGUCCACUGCGGUAAGCACAUCCCACCUCAGAGUGGUAAUCACUGACAUUUUUCACCAGGUUUUGACCUGUUUACUGCAAGCUGAAUAACUUCUGUCUCUUCAAAGCCACCAGCUUCCUUUGAGCUGUCAGGUAUCUGCAACAGAUUCAAACCUUUGCGUGUCGCAGCCAAGAGAAAGUGGGAUCACUGCAGUACAUCAUACACCUUUGUGGAGUUAUGUUAUCAAACGGUUUUCGGAAAAGGACAUUGACAAAAAAAAUCUUUAUGUGACCUAACAAAGACUAUAUACUGAAGAAAUAUCCGAGGAGCUCAGUAAUUGUGCAAACGUGGAAGGUGGCAAAAGAGAUCCCACACAGGAGAUGAUUCAUCACCUGAGCUAUGGAUGUUGAUGAACUUCAUUCGAAGGAUAACAGAGGUCAGACAGAGAAGACCAGCCACAGACUCUCGACCUACCACAUAAGUGUCCUUGGCUUUCCAGUAUGUUUCUUUUUAUGAGAUUAUUUCUAGCGCCAAGAGCUUCAGUACAAUGUGGAAAUGGAUACUGACAAAGGGUGCCUCAGCCUUUACAUACCUGGCUUAUGUCCUUCUCCUCUUCCUCAUCUGUUCUUCGUCUGUUGCUUGCAAUGACAUCAGCAGAGAUAUGUUGUCUCCAAAUAUUACAAAGUCUUCAUCCAGCCUGGGAAGGCAUGUGCGCAGCUACAAAUACCUGGAAGGAGACGUGCGGUGGAGGAAGCUGUUCUCUUUCACCAAAUACUUUCUCAAGAUCGACAGGAAUGGCAAGGUCGGUGGAACAAAGAAGGAAAACUGCCCUUUCAGUAUACUGAAAAUUACGUCUGUGGAAGUUGGGGUUGUGGCUAUUAAAGCAAUUAACAGCAAUUAUUAUUUGGCCAUGAACAAGAGAGGAAAGAUCUAUGGCUCAAAAGAUUUCAAUAAUGACUGCAAACUGAAAGAAAGAAUAGAAGAGAAUGGUUACAACACCUAUGCUUCCAUGAAGUGGAAGCACAAUGAACGACAAAUGUUUGUAGCUUUAAAUGGAAAAGGGUCUCCACGGAGAGGGCACAAAACAAGACGGAAACAUCCUUCAGCCCAUUUUCUACCAAUCGUGGUGAGGCAGGAUAUCUCUCUAAUAUCGGAAUAGAAUCAGUGAAGACAUGCUUUCACAGUAACGAGUGCUGGUAUUAAUUCAACACUGCAUUUCAUUCCAAGCAUGGCAACACUCUAUUAGAUAUGGAAGUCCUAAUGAUGAACAUUAGCAGCGCUCAGGCAGUAAACUCGCAGACAUCUGCUUGUAAAACUUCGAACAAGCCUUUGAUAUUCAAAUUAUUUUUAUGGCAUAAGGAGUUCCCAUACCAGUAAAGAUUGAAGCAGUUGGAGAGAAUACAGCUGGCAAUGGCAAAAUAUCUUGUGAUGUAUCCUGAUGCAUGAGACGCAAUGCAGUUGUACAAUGUUGUAUGAUCUUUGUGAGAAGAUGUUAUUUAUGGAGUACUAACCCAUAUCAAAUACGUUAUGUUCAUUCAAGCCUGAUUAUCAAAUGAGGGGCUAAACAUGCAAAUGUUUAUCUGGAAGCACUUUGGGUCAGACACAAAGCAAAUAUUUUCUAUAACUAAACUUCACAACAAUAGACAGGCUCGAAAAGUAUAUAUAAAUGCACGAAAUGUAAAGCUGCUCUAACAAAAUGAGUCUUUAGUUGCUCUUCAAAUGAUUAAUUCUAAAUAUAAUUUUUAAAGCAUGCUUAUAUUGCAGAAACAGCAAGACUCCACAAAGUAAAUUAUUGUAAAGUUAGCUUGGUACUGAUCCUUAAUUGAAAAUUAUCUUGAAAAUAAAUGCUUAUGUUUGUCAUUAAAGUAGUAAUAAUUUCACAGCACAGCUAUUUAAUUUUCUGAAAAUGGCCACAACUAUUUUGUUGAAGAAUAGAUUCAUUUUGGUAGAGCAAGUCAAAAGUAGUAACUGUAUCCAUCCCUUUCUCAUUGUAACACACUAUGUAAAUUGCAUUAAGACUCUUUGGCAGUGUGAGUAGGUAAGUACAAGUAGUCGUCAAAUGUAUUUUGUUCUAAAUACUUGUAAAAGAUAUUUCUAUUAAGAUGAAUAUUGAUGCUGCAUUCCCUUCAUACUUUGUUAUUGUAAAGUGGUUUGUUUAUUUUUGUUGUUUGGGAAUAGUAUAUUUUGGUACAAAGGAGAGUUUUUGACAAGUCAGACAGUAGAUAGGUUCUAGAAUUUAACCCUUUGUUGCUGGUGUCCCAUGAUAAUCUAACUUGUGUCCUCCCAGGCAAUUCUAGCGAGUGUGUCAGAUGUUUAAUCUGUUGUUUGCUUGAAUUGCUCUACAAAAUAUUGUUUCCCACUAUGUGCCAUAGAAAACAUCAUUUGAUCACCUUCCCAGUUCCUUUGAUAAAGUUAUUGUGUCAUACACAUAGGACAAUACAUCUUAGCUAGACUUAGUAUUUCUGUUCAAAGAAUUGAAACUUGAACAGAAUUGUUACCCAAUUUUUUACCUUCCAUGUGGGAACUGGUUUUAUUUUCUUUGCAGUCUUCUCCUCUUUUCCUUACAGAUUACACAGAGAACAUGGUUCUGCAGGAAUUGCCAAUGCUUCAACAUAUCCCCUGAGUAAUAUAUCUGGGCCUAAAUUCUUGGUUGUUGGGUUAGUCAUUAUGCAGUAAUCAUCACAGACAAAUAUCAUUUGCUUUUGACCAACAAUUUCAUUCGCAUAUUUUCUGAUUAGAUCACCGGAUUGCCAUUGAGAAAAUUGAUGAAAUUUUAUUAUCUGCAUUCUAGGAAUGUACAAGCCAGUUUGAUAACCUUCAUUGGUUCCAGCAAGAGAUAUCCUAAUUUCGUGCAUAUCAUUGUAGUUAACCUAAAUACUUCUUUGCUUGUUUUGCCUCACCAUCAAAUCAUAUUUGUGCACCGGCUGACUAGGGCCUCAGGGCAGCUCAUAAACUCUUAGAUGUUUAUAGCACAGAAGCAGGCCAGUCGGCCCAUUGUGGCUGCACCAGUCAAUAAAGGCCUGACUACACAAAUUGCAUUUUCCAGCUUUUGGCCCACAACCCUGGAGGUUUUAGAAACUCAAGUGAAUACCGCCAUAGACGUCACUGAGUAUACUUAAGAGAGAGAUAGAUAGGUUCUUGAUUGCUAAGGGGAUCAAAGGUUAUGGUGAGAAGGUGGGAAAAUGGGGUUGAGAAACUUAUCAGCCAUGAUAGAAUGGCUGAGCAGACUCAAUGGGCCGAAUGUCUAAUUUCUGCUGCUAUGCCUUUAAGCCUUAUGGUCUUAUAAAGUAAAUACUGCUUAAAUAUAAUGAGAAUUCUUGAUCGUAGACCCAAAUAAUUAAUAUGCAUCACAACCAUGAAGGUCCCUGCAGGACCUCACUAGAAGCUGGCAUCCAGUCAAGGAAUCAUCCCUCUACUGUCACCCUCUGCUUCCUGCCUCUUAAGCUAAUCUAAUGUUCCACUCUGCUUUGGAUCUCAUAUCCCUUACUUUCCUGACUAGUCUGCCAUAAAGGACCUUAUUAAAACCUUGCCAAAGUCCAUAUAGAGCACAUUAAAUGCAACAUUCUAAUCAACAGUUUUAGUUAGCUCCUCAAAAAAUUCAAUCAGAUUUGUUAAAAACAAUUCUUCCUGAUCAAAUCCAAGCUGGCCAUCCCUGAUUUAACCCUUUCUUUCCAAGUGCAGAGCUAUAUUGCUGCUCAGAAUUCUUUCUAACAACCGCACCACUUUUGAGGUUGGAUUGACUGGCCUGAGUUUCCUGAUCUAUCCCUACCUUCUUUCCUUUCAAAUAAUGGGGUAAUGUUAGUAGUCCUCCAGUCCUCUGGCAUCACCUCAGUUGCCAGAGAUUUGGGAUUCACUGCCAGGACCCAUGGCAUCUCCUUCCUUGUCUCCAUCAAAAGCAUGGAUACAUCUCAACUGGGCCUUCAGAUUCAUUCACUUUUAAGGCUGCUAUAAACCUCCUAGAAGUUCCUCUCACUCUCUGUUAAUUUCUUCCAAUGUUUCACAGUUGUCCAGUGUGAUGUCAAUAUUUAUGUUCUCCUUUUCCAUUGUGAAGACCAAUGCAUAGGAUUCAUUGAGGACUGAUCUUCUGCGUCCACACAUGUGUUACCUCUAUCAUCUUCACUGGGCCCUGUUCUUUCCCUGUUAUUCUCUUGCUCUGUCUAUUGAAAAAAAAAAGUCCUCUUUGGGUUUUUAUUUAUGCAACUCACCAACGUUUUCUUAUGAACUGAGAUAAUGGGAACUGCAGAUGCUGGAGAAUCCAACAUAACAAAGUGUGGGACUGGAUGGACACAGAAGCUGCUUGGCCUGCUGUGCCCAUCCAGCCCCACACUUUGUUUUCUCAUAAACUCCUCAUUUUCCUAAUUUUUCUACUAAUGUAAUAUGAAAUAUUAAGAGUAACACAAUUAUGGCAUGUUUUCAUGCCUCUGAUAUCUGACAUUUGCAUUUUGUGCGCUGUGAUGGAAUUCCUUUUGUAGAGAUCAACUGAACAAGUUCUUGGAAUUAGAUCAGAUUGAAUGGCAUUUUUACAACUUCGAUUGCCCAGCAUAUAAUUUGAACCACAUUUUGGGAAUUUGGGCAAUAGCUUCUCCAAAUUUUCCACCCAUUCAUUUCAGAGAAGGGAAGAACACAGGGAAAUGUGUGCUGAAUUCCUACUAUACAGUCCCAUUGUGCAAGCAUCCUGGUCAGAAGAAUGAUCACAUAAAUGAAGAAUUUUCACAUAGAAACAUUGCUUUCUUCUUCCUGUGGAAAUUCCUUACAAGAUCUAGUUCAAAAAUUAUAACCUUGGAAGGGUAAUAGUCCACUGAAAAAUAAAGGAACCAAAUCUACAUAAUUUCCUGUCCGUUAUUCCAACAUGAUGAUUUUUAUUGGUUGUAACUGUACAUUUAAAAGAGCUGUUAAAGAGAAACUGGCCUAAGAUCUUACCCAUCUAUGAACACAACAGCGAAAUCUUACUAAAUGCUCCACCAAAAUCAAAUUGGCAAUGCGAGUGAAGAGAUGUCUUUUCAGAUUAAUACAGCAGCCAUUUAUGCUUUGUUAUGAUAAAGUGGAUAUGUUAUGUUUUUGCUUUGGAAAUCAUCAUUUUGGAUUUUUACUUUUGAAAAUAGACCCAAAAGAAUUGAAAAUUCAGGCCUCCUUGUAAUGAUUGAGUGAAUGGUUACCAGAUAAAUCCAUUAUAAUAUAAAAAGUAUCUGUGUUGAUCUGACACUCAAUAAAGAGACCUGAAACUUACAUUUGUCCAUAUUUUCAACAGUAGAUCCUGUCGGACUCUACUCAGAGAAAUGCACAUUAAGAAUUAUGUGAGGUUUGGUUUUGUUGAAGACAAAUAAUAGAGCAGCUUCUUCUUAACAGCUAUCUUUAAGUGUUUGCAAUAAUGCAGUUACAACAUUCAUUAAAAUAAAUGAUUAUCCUGCAUGUUGGGAGAGCUAUGUGAAUGAACAACAUCAAACAUAAAUUCUGAAGCAUAAAAUUUUGAUAUUAAGAUUUUACAUUUUUGAAUGUGUUUAUCACCUUUUAAAAAGAGACUUUUUUCUUUUUUAAUUGCAAUGUAAUGAUAUAAUGUUAAGGAAACAGAUUAUGUCACAUUCCAAAUGACAAAUGUAAAAUAUUUGCUGACACACACUGCUUUUUUGGCAAAUGAGCCAGGAAGAUUCAAUUGAUAUAUAAAUGUUUUCUGGAACUGAAUUUAAAAGAAAAGGAGAAAAGGCAACUCAUUAAUAAACAUAAAGUAUCUAGUGGUCUUUCUAAGAAUUCUGAAAACACACGAUACAUGUGGCUCACAGAUUUGUGUAUUGACCACAAUUGGAAACUGAGCCAGCAACCACUGCAGCGUGGAGGGAGUGUCUAAACCACUACACUACCAGAUCACAACAAUUCUAUUAUAUACUUUUAAGGUUCAUUUCUAUCUUUCUUCCUUUCCCUUUAAUUGUCAUCAUGCCCUUUCAUCAUUGCAGCAGAAUCCUUUAGGCUAAUCGUAGGCAGAAGGUUACCAUAAACAAUAGGCUACAGUGGAGCACUAUUUAUUUAUUUAAUUAUUUAGUCAGAGGAAAGGCUGAUCUGAAAUCAGUUUUAAUA